AUUCCCUCACUGUAGAUUUUCCACCAAAGACCAGCUGGUUUGGAUUGAGUCUCUGAUUUUAAUUUUACGACACUGACGACAGUUUAUUAUAAUUCAACAUUUCAGACAUUCCCAACAGUUUUCAGUCGGAUCCUGCUUUUAUUUCCACAUUAUAAUUUUGGUCACUUUUUCUUCUAUCUCGGUUGGAUUUACAAAGGGCGUGUUUGGGGCGAUCUGUACCGGGAGUUUCAUCUCCUGUACUUGUGCGACUCUGAGGAAUGACAGCAACUGGGAAUCGAUCUGCCUGAAUGGAAACAAUGGAUUAUAAAGAGCUGGGACAUAAUUUCGAGGCGAAGCUGACACUAACAGACAAAUCUCUUCCUCUGCAGACGGAGUCUCAGGCCAUCCAGAGUGGGGACAAGUCUUUGGGGAAGGACAUCCUGACUUCAGACGACUCAGCCAUCACAGACCUCUCUCCUAAAACAGACUCCAGCCCCAUAACAGAGACCCCCACCAAGACAGAGACCCCCACCAAGACAGAGACCCCCACCAAGACAGAUGCCUCCACCAAGACAGAUGUGGGGCCAUCAACCCCGGGCAACGGCAGCAGCCCUCAGCCCAAGAAAGAUUCGAUGAGCUCAGAGCAACGACAGAAACUUGCCAAGGAGCGGCGGGAGGAAAGAGCCAGAUAUAUCGAACAGCAAACUCAGCUGCAAGCGACGAAGAAGACCCAGUGGCUGGAGAAGGAGGAGAAGGCCCGACGUCUGAGGGACAGCCAGCUGGAGGAUCGCAGGAGAAGGCUGGAGGAGCAGAGGCUGAAGGCUGAGAAACGCAGAGCUGUGCUAGAGGAGAAACAGAGACAGAAACUAGAAAAGAACAGGUUGAGAUAUGAAUCAGCUAUCAAGAGGUCGACAAAGAAGACGUGGGCCGAGAUCCGCCAGCAGAGAUGGUCCUGGGCGGGUGGACUAAACCAUACCUCCCGCAGAGAAAGCAGAUGCUCGGCCUCCACAGUCAACUUGCCGAGACAGGUGGACCCUGUCAUUAACAACAGGCUGUCCAAGUCCUCUGCCACGCUCUGGAACUCCCCCAACAGAACCCGCAGCCUGCGUCUGAGUCCGUGGGAGAGCCGGAUCGUGGAGCGGCUCAUGACGCCGACGCUGUCCUUCUUGGCCCGCAGUCGCAGCGCCGCCACCCUCCUCAACAACAGCGACUCUCCCUCUGCCAGCCCGCUGAACCCCUGCUCCCAUCACCACCCGCACCAGAACGCCGAGCGCUGGAGGGUCUCCUCCGCCAGCACGCCGGACAUCACCCAGCGCCAACGCCGGCGAAACUCCACACCGGUGGACAAAAAGAAGAAAGAAAAGAAAGACAAGGAGAGGGAGAACGAAAAAGAGAAGAACUCUAUCACAAAAGUGCAGAAGAAGAGACAGACGCCGUCACCCACCACCACGACCCAGAGAUCCAGGCCAGCGGCCAGCACCCCAAAGCCCAAAAACAGACCUCCAUCACCCGGCGCCCCCAAAAGUCGGCCCCUUUCCCCCUUGGUGCCGGCAGCAGCGGCAGCAUCCAAGACCCCGAUGGGCAAGAAGACCCCUCCUCCUGGCACCAAGACCCGACCCAAACGAGCCAAGACGCCCGCCAGGGUGCAGCCCCAGACGGUCACUGCAGUUGCCGUGGAAACGAGCCAGGCACCCCAGCAACCAGGCGCUCCAGAGGAGAAAAAGAACUCCAGUAAUGUUCCUGCCAUCGUGGUGUCCUCUGCACCGGUUACACCUCCUUCCGUCAGCCCAGCCGUGGUACCGUCUCCAGCUGCUCCAAACGUAGAGCCGGCUGCCUCAGCUGCUUCUCCUGCUGCAGCCUCCACCACUAAACCUGCUCCUUCUGCAGCAGCCACCGCUGCCACCACCACCCCAGCUGCCCCGACCAGCAGGCCGUCAGCCGGCACCAACAACCAGGAGGAGGCUGCUCGCAUCCUGGCAGAGAAACGCAGACAAGCCCGAGAGCAGCGGGAGAGGGAGGAGCAGGAGCGCGUGGAGCAGGAGCUCAGGAACAGGAUCCUCCGGGAGGAGGCGAUGGCCCGGGACGCAGAGGAGAGGAAGCGCAGAGAGGAGGAGGCUCGAUUCAUGGCGGAGCAGCAGCGUCUGAGGGACGACGCCCAGCGAGUUGAAGAGGAGAAGGAGGCGCAGGAGAGAGCCAAAUCCGAGCAGGAGGAGAACGAGAAGCUGCAGAGACAGAAGGAUGAGGCUGAAGUCAAAGCCCGCGAGGAGGCUGAGCGUCAGCGCCUGGAGAGGGAGAAACACUUCCAGAAAGAAGAGCAGGAGCGGCUGGAGAGGAAGAAGCGCCUUGAUGAGAUCAUGAAGAGGACUCGGAAAAGUGACGCAGGAGAAAAGAAGGAUGUCAAAGCUUCUCCUCAGGUCAACGGCAAGGACACAGAGCUCUGUAAGGCUGGAAACCUGCAGAGUCCCGAUGCAGCAGUCCUCAGCCCGUCACAAAGUGUGCCCGGCCCUGUUGUAAACGGCGUCCAGCCCGCCGCCCACCAGAACGGCGUCUCGGCCAACGGAGAGGCGGCCGACUUCGAGGAGAUCAUCCAGCUGAACAACGGCGCUAACCCGACGCAGACUCAGAGCGGGAUGGUCAGCGAGCCCAUCCUGGCGUUCGAGGGCGGAGAGCCCUUCCUGAUGAAAACAGGCCCUAUGAAGCCUCAGCAUGUCGCAGAGGUCCUGUGAGUCCCCACACAUCUCCAUGGUGACGCGCCUUAUGCCUCUGCUUGAGCUAUGAGAUUCAUGCCACAUCACAACGGCUUAUAGAAAAUAUUGUGUGCCAAACAAACAAUGAACUGCGCUGAAUUCACAUGUUACACCAUCUGCUGCAAGAGGAAAAAGAGGAGCUUCUCAUCUGAAAUAUAAAAAACAUGCAACAAGUAUUCUCUGUCUUCACCGCGUGUUCUGGUGCAGCGUCUGACUGAAAUGUCACACACAGAUUUUAUGGUGCACCUUAAAGAUGACUGACUGUGUGACACAUUUUAGAAAAUACAAUAUAAGACCCUGGAAAUACAUAAUAUUUGACAAUGGUUGAUAUUAUUACCGUCGUUACGAUAUUGUUAUUGUUAUCUUAAGUUGAAAAGUGUGUGUGUUUGUGGUUUUUGUCUUGAAUUAUUGAGUUAUUUAACAUGGGGAGCAUCGUACGGACUGGCCACAGACAGUGUAUGUAAAUGUAUAAUGAGCCUGGCUGCCUAGGCCUCCUGUUACAGGGGAUCUGUGAAAUAAAGCUUUAUGAAAGGGA